AUGAUGAACGGUAAUGAAGUUAAGGCUCAAAAGCAGACUUUUUUAUCCUCGUCAUCGUCGUCUUUACCAUCAUUGAACUCCUCAGAUUCUGAUGAUUUGGAGCGCAUGCCAUUGGCACCACUGAUAUGGAAGAACAAGAAACGCUUGUCCAAACAACUUUCGAUGUGCGAAACUCGACGUGACAGAGCAUGGGAGAGACGUCGCCGCCAAAUAUUAAUGCAAGAAAGGAGAAAAAAUGGGUUGCUGGAUUCUGAUGACUUGACAGACGAAGACUUGCAUGAGCUCAAAGGGUGCAUAGAGCUUGGAUUCGGAUUUAAAGAAGAAGAGGGGCAGCGAUUGACCAAUACAUUGCCAGCAUUGGAUCUCUAUUUUGCAGUUAACCGGCAACUUUCGCCAAGUCCAGUGUCCACACCUCAAAGUGGAGAAUUAUCAUCAUCGUCUUCGGCAAUGGGUACGCGUUCUUCAUCAUUUGAGAGCCCCAAGGGUGAUCCAGAUUGGAAAAUAUGUAGCCCAGGUGAUGAUCCACAGCAGGUUAAGACCAAAUUAAGGCAUUGGGCACAAGCUGUAGCCUGUUCGGUCAUGCAGUCGUAUUGA